UUUAGUGGAUCAGCAACUUGUACCAGACCAACCAUGAAGGUCGUCAUUCUAUUUGCUCUGAUUGCCCUUGCCGUCGCUCAGGAUAGCUAUCCCACCAAGUACGACAACAUCGAUGUGGAUGAAAUUCUCAGCUCGGAUCGUCUUUUCAAGAACUACUUCAACUGCCUGAUGGACGCCGGACCAUGCACUCCGGAAGGAAACGAGCUGAAGAAGUAUCUGCCGGAUGCCAUUGCCACUGGAUGUUCCAAGUGUAACGAGAAGCAACGUGAGGUGACGGCCAAGGUGGCCAAGUUCCUGAUUGAACAGCGUCCGAAUGAGUGGAAUUCUCUGCGAGGGAAGUACGAUCCAGAUAACACUUUUGCCGAGAAGUACAAGGAUGAGGCGGCUAAGUUCGGAAUCAAGCUGUAAGAAGUGAAUUUGGCUUUCCUCCCACCAGUUAUGAUACACAUGAUUUAAAAUUGAUCUAAAUUCAUUCAAAUUUGCCACCGACACAUUUAUAAAUUAAACAGUUGAUAUACAAUAGUCCACUUUACAAAAAAACAGUC